UAAAACUAGGAAAUUGAUUGAUCCCUUCUAUGUCUGAUUUGAUAACGGCAAAGGAGAUGAAGAACGAUGAUAAUUCAGGAUUGAGAAGCAUGUUCACUCGGAAGAAUGAUUUUCCUUGCGACUUGAGAAAGAUUUGCCUUGACCCUGAAAUGGAAGAAGCGGUUAACCAACUUGACCCUCAUCUUCUUGAACAAGAGGUUAACCAAGGGAUCCAGUCAAGCGAUGUGUUUCCUGAGAUGCAGGUAGUAGAGAUUGAAAAAGAAACUCAUAGGCUGGCUGUUGUUAAUAUGAACUGGAGGAAUGCUAAGGCUGUUGAUUUGUAUGCACUAUUUUAUUCACUAGUGGCACCCUAUGGACUCAUCAAAAUUAAAUCAGUAGCUAUUUAUCCAACUCACUUUGGCCUUCAACGCAUCAAACAGAUCAAACAGGAAGAACAAGAACAUGACCAAUUUUUUCAGGACAGUUGCAAAUUUCUCAAACCUUUUCUUGCUGAUAGAUUUCCUCAAGAUAAAUUCAUUUUUGAAGAACGCUUUACAAGUUGCCUUAUUGUUGAUGAUGCUGAUGAUGAUCCAUGGAAAAGUUGGCCUCAUGUUCUAUAUGAUAUUGAUGAGAAAAGCAGGUACUAUUUUGCUGUGGUGGAAUGUGACUCAUGCGCCACAGCACUUGAAAUUUAUAAACAAAACGAUGGUCGUGCGUUUGAACAAGGCGCCAACCCACUUGAUUUAAGGUUUAUUCCUGAUCAUAUGGACUUCACACACCCACCUCAAGAUGUUGCUACUGUCCAGUCCUUAACUCCCUCUUUGCUAACAAGAUAUUCGGAACACUGGCUUGCUGACAACAACAACGACGACGGCGGUCUCAAGGGGACAGAUACUCAUCUCAAGUUAUUUUUGCCAUCUUGAAAAUGUAUUUUUGAUGUAUUUAGAGCCUCAGCUACUAGUCUUUUAUCAAGAAACAAGUUUGAACUCAGGACCUUAGGGUUACUGAUUAAUAGACUUAUCAAGAAACAAGUUAAUCACGCAAUGCUUAUUGUUUA